UAGCAGCUGCACAAAAGAGCACAUCGGAUCACGCGCGGCAGGAGCUAGACGCGUGCGCUGUAAUUAGUCGCGGACAUUGUAAUGGAAAGACGUAUUAUGUGGAUUUGAGGAGAAGUCGACAUAUAAACGUGUUACAUUUAUAGGAUUAGCUUGUGUCCCCUGUCUUCGUCUGUGAAAUGGGGAUUGAUCGGCGACGGAGAGCCUCGCUGGCGCUUACCUUGAACUUCAUUGCCUUGUUUCUGGCGCUGUCCGCGCUUUCUACCAGCUACUGGUGUGAGGGGACGCGGAAAGUAGUUAAACCGUUCUGUACCGGACCGGUGAAGACUAGACAGUCGUUCUGCAUUAGGUUCAACAGUUCGAACCUUAAUGACACUCGUCUGGUCCAGUACAUCUGGGAAACGGGAGAGGACAAAUACCUGAUGAGGAAGUUUCACACCGGAAUUUGGUUCUCUUGCGAACAGAACGUCAACAUGACCGGGGAGAACUGCAGAAGUUUCAUAUACGUGGCCCCUUCCAAUGAGCGAGGAGUGUUGUGGCUGUGCAUAGUGGCAGAGUGCCUGUACAUACUCCUCCUGGCCACUGGGGGCAUCCUCAUGUCCAUAGAGGUCUGUCGUUUUGGCAACGUCAUCGACGGACUCAAACUGAACGCCUUCGCUGCUAUUUGCACUGUCUUGUCAGGUCUGCUUGGCAUGGUGGCUCAUAUGAUGUACACCACAGCCUUCCAGCUCACUGUGAGUCUGGGACCUGAGGACUGGAAGCCCCAGACUUGGGACUACAGCUGGUCCUACAUGCUGGCGUGGGGCUCGUUCACGGCUUGCAUGGCGUCUUCCGUCACCACCAUCAACCGCUACACCAAGACCAUCCUGGAGUUCAAGCACAAGCGCAGGAACAUCGAGAAGAACCUGAAGAUCAAACAGAAGCUUCUGGAACUGGACUCACCUGAGCAGGUGUGGGACAUGUACAUCAGCUCGGUCCCCAGCACCACCGAGGAGCUGCUGGAUCUGUCCGCCAACGGACGCAAGCUCUCCAACGCCUCCGUCUUCCUGGACCUCAACGACCUGCCUGACUCCCAGGGGGAGGAGUACUGCUGA